AUUCUGUAUUGUUUGGUGUAUUUUCACUUUUGGGCCACAGAUAGUGAAUUAAAAACACACUUACAAUUGAAAUCGACAAGUUAAUUAACUUAGUUAAUUGAACAGCAACAGAUUGAAUCUUUUGUUCCUAGUUGAUUGUUGGCUUGGUUGGACGUAACAAUUAACGGAAUUAAUCAUGUUUUCAGUACCGAUGAUCUUGAUUUUGGCGAGUCUUUUAGUAACAAGUGAAGCAAUUAUAAUCUCUGGAUUGUUAUUGAAGGCAUUUUGUGAGUUCUCUCAGCACUUAGCUCGAUUAGGAAAAGAUCCACUUUCGAUCACGAAAAAUUUAUUCCCCACCAGUGAACCGAUUGAAAGUUUACUGAUCCAAGCGAUGGCCAAAAGUUACGAUUGUGCGGCCAAAGGUUCAGUUUAUAACAUUGUGGACACGACGAACACUUUACUGGUCGUUGUCGAUGUACCUGAUUGGGCUUCUUCGAACCCAUGUAAAGGUCCAAACUCGAAUCCAAGUCCAAGUCCAGGUCCAGGUCCAGCAGCGGACGCUCUUCGGUUCACCGAUAAAAAUAUUUGCAAUCUAAUUGAAUUCCCUAAUUUCCUUGAUCCAUUUGAUGACAAUCAAGUGAAAAAUUUUCUCAAAAGUUUCCAAAAUCAAGUAACCUCAUUGGCAGAAAGUAUGAAAAACAAUCAAACCAAUCAACUAAAUUAAAUUGUAAUAGUUAAUCAAUCGUUUGAUGAGACAGUUAAACCUUUCUCCGAAUCUAAUUGUUAAAUCAAUCAUUAAAUUAACUAAUAAUGAUAAUAAUGAACGCAAAUCUAUUUGUAACAUUUGUAGUUUAGGAUCAAUUUUAAACUAGAAUUUAGCAAAUUAUCAAUCACUAAUUAAAUGAUUUACAUUAAUAUAUAA